UAGAAGCCACAUGAGAGAUAUUAGAACUCACACUCACACUCAGGCUCACCAACACACACACAUACUCUGGCGCCUAGCAGAGUCCUGUGGGUUUCUCUGCAAUCCAAUCCACUGUUUGUUGGGAAAUCUGCUCAGAGGAUACCAUGAGAGGCCUCCUGUUCCUCAGCCUGCUCCUUCUCUGUACCACCGACCUAGCCUGGAGCGGUACCAACGACGCAGAAGACUGCUGCCUGUCUGUUACCAGCCUCAUCAUCCCCCGCCACAUCGUGUGUGCUUAUCGCCGUCUCAGCCCAGAGAACGGCUGCCGACUGCCCGCAGUAGUGUUCACUACACAGAAAUGUCACCAGCUCUGUGCUCCCCCUGAACGGCUUUGGGUGAAACGUCUCAUUAAGAGACUGGAUAAAAACGAUUCCCAGUACAAGUGCAACUGCAGUUAG